CAUAGGGCGACCAUCUGGCGAGUAAACAGACUAGUUCCGCUGUCGCGAUGGAAUCAAACAAGGACGAAGCUGAACGGUGUAUUAAGAUUUCUAUAAGCGCGCUCAGUAAUAACCAGACAGACAAAGCUAAGAGGUUUCUAGAAAAGGCACAGCGUUUGUUUCCAACCGAUCAGGCCAAAAGUUUACUAGAGUCUAUCGAACAGAAUAAGAAACCACCGGACGGAGCAGAGAGGCCUAUGAAUGGGGAUGGUUCUGGAGUGAGACAACGUAGCCAUGGGGACGAAGCCGGAGACUCAGCCACAGACUCAGCCAAACCAUACACAUCAGAUCAGCUGGAUGCUGUUAAAAAAAUAAAGAGUUGUAAAGACUACUAUGAUAUUCUGGGAGUUGAAAAGGACGCCGGGGAGGAGGACCUGAAGAAGUCCUACAGGAAACUGGCCCUGAAAUUCCACCCUGAUAAAAACCAUGCUCCAGGAGCCACAGAGGCAUUUAAAGCCAUUGGCAAUGCAUACGCUGUACUCGGUAACACAGAGAAGCGGAGCCAGUAUGACCAGUAUGGUGAGGAGAGAGCUCACCCUACGAGACAACAGCACAGGCACCAGCGCCACGACUUUGAAGCCGACAUCUCGCCCGAGGACCUCUUCAACAUGUUCUUUGGAGGAGGUUUCCCAUCACGUAAUGUUCAUGUUUACAGAAAUGGCGGAAUGCACUUUGGCCAUCAGCAUAGAGCAGGACCAGAGAGGAGAGAACAGCGGGAUGGAGGUUUUGCCCUGUUUGUCCAGCUGAUGCCCAUCCUCAUCCUAAUCUUCGUCUCCGCCCUCAGCCAGAUGAUGGUGACCCCUCCCCCCUACAGCCUUAGCCACCGCUCAGGUGCGGGCCACAUCAACCGGAGGCAGACACAGACCCUGAAGGUGGCUUACUACGUAGGAGCUAGCUUCACCAAGGAGUACUCUGGAAAAGACCUAAGGAAUGUGGAGAGGAGCGUGGAGGAAGACUACAUCUCCAACCUCCGGAACAACUGCUGGAAGGAGAAGCAACAGAAGGAAGGCUUGCUGUACCGUGCUCGUUAUUUCGGAGACUCUGACUUGUACCAAAGGGCUCAGCGGAUGGGCACGCCUAGCUGCUCACGACUGUCGGAGAUUCAGAUCAUGCUACAUGGAUAAGAACUCAAACAGAAUGAUUAUUUGGUACUUGAAUCGAAUGAGAAGAAAUCAAUAUACAACGCCCUAUUCAAGCCCACACAAAAAAUGGAGCAGCAAUUUGAGAGAAACUGCCUUAGAUCCAUAUGGUGGGUUGCAGACAGAUAUGGCCUGUCAGGGGGGGGGGGCUGUCUCUUUGCACACUCCUGUGGUCAGUCUUAACUUCCUAUAGAACUGUGAAACAGACGGAGAAGGUGAUGGCUGGUUUAAAUACAAAAACACUUCAAGGCUGGCAGAACUAGACGGGUGUCAAGGUUUUUUGAAAACGAGAGAUUAAAUGUAUUUUUGAAUGGUGCAUUGCCUUCAGAAAGUAUGAACACCCUUGACUUUUCCACAUUUAGUUGUUACAGCCUGAAUUUAAAAUGUGUUAAAUAUUAUUUUUUUUUAAUGUCACUGGCCUACACACAAUACCCCAUAAUUAUUAUGUGGAAUUAUGUUUUUCAAAAUGUUUACAUUAAUUACAAAUGAAAAGCUGAAAUGUCUUGGGUCAACAAGUAUUCAUCCCCUUUGUUAUGGCAAGCCUAAAUAUGGUCAGGUGUAAAAAGGUGCUUAACACGUCACAUAAUAAGUAAUAGUGUUUAACAUGAUAUUUAAUGACUUCCUCAUCUCUACCCCACACACAAAAUUAUCUGUAAGAUCCCUUCAAACACAGAUUCAACCACAAAAACCAGGGAUGUUUUCCAAUACAUCCAAUACGUAUUGGUAAAUGGGUAAAAAUAACAAAGCAGACAUUGAAUAUCCCUUUGAGGAUGGUGAGGUUAUUAAUUACACUUUGGAUGGUGUAUCAAUACACCCAGUCACUACAAAGAUACAGGUGACCUUCCUAACUCAGUUGCCGCAGAGGAAGGAAACUGCUCAGAGAUUUCACCAUGAAGCCAAUGGUGACUUUAAAACAGUUACAGAGUUUAAUGGCUGUUUGCAACAAGGCACUAAAGUUAUACUUAAAGAAAUGUGGCAAAGCAAUUCACUUUUUGUCCUGAAUACAAAGUAUUGUGUUUGGGGCAAAUCCAAUACAACACAUUACUGAGUACGUAGAGGAUAACCUAAUUCAGUCUGCUUUCCAUCAGCCACGGGGAGGUAAAUUCACCUUUCAUAAGGACAAUAACCGUAAAACACAUGGCCAAAUCUACACUGGAGUUUCUAGCCAAAAAGUCAGUUAAUGUUCAAGUGGCCAAGUUUACCAUUUUGGCCAUAAAUCUGUUUGAAAAUCUAUGGCAAGACGUGGAAAUGGUUGUCUAACAAUGAUCAACAAACAAUUUGACUGAGCUUGACGAAUUUGAAACAAUGAUUAAUGGGCAAAUAUUGUACAAUGGUGUGUAAAGCUCUUUAGAGACUUACCCAGAAAGACUCACAGCUGUAAUCGCUGCCAAAGGUGAUUCUAACAUGUAUUGCCUCAGGUGUGUGAACACUAGAUUUCUGUAUUUAAUUUUCAAUAAAUGUGCAAACAUUUCUAAAAACAUGUUUUCACUUUCAUUAUGGGUUACUGUGUGUAGAUGGAUGAGAAAAUGUUUUUAUUUAAUCCAUUUUGAAUUCAGGUUGUAACACAAAAUGUGGAACAAGUCAAGGGGUAUACAUAGUUUCUGAAGGCACUGUAUACUGCUAAAGCUGCUAAAAUAAAGCUUCUUCCUUUUCCCUGUUAUGUUUGAUAAAUAUUUUGAAGAACCAACUCAAGGCCUUCUGUUAUAGACAUUUAAACCAAUAAUUCUUUAUAUAUAUAGUUCAUACUUGUAUAUACUAUACAUCGUAAUUUUUAACAACACAGUGUAGAUGGCGUUAAGAAGCUAAUGUCAUUUACUAUAUCAUUUAAUGUACCCUGUGGAUUUGCUUGUAGUCCGUUGGAUUAUGGAGAUGACUAUUGAAAAUGAUUGCACAAAUGAAAAUCUGUAUUUAUUAAAAUUAAACACAAA